AUGGGUCACCUCGUGCCUCCCAACAAUGUGACUGAAUUCAUUCUCUUGGGGCUCACACCGAAUCCACACUUGCAGAAAAUACUCUCUAUUGUAUUUUUAUUUAUUUUUCUAUUUACCAUGCUGUCCAGUCUGCUCAUUGUCAUCACCAUCUCCUCUAGCCCCACACUUUCAUCACCCAUGUGCUUCUUUCUCACUUACUUAUCCUUUAUAGAUGCCUCCUACACCUAUGUCACAACACCCAAAAUGAUCACCGACCUGCUCUACCAGAGGAGAACGAUUUCCUUGGCUGGCUUCCUGACUCAGCUCUUUGUGGAACACUUGCUGGGAGGCUCAGAGAUCACCCUCCUUAUUGUCAUGGCCUAUGAUCACUACAUGGCCAUCUGCAAGCCCCUGCACUACACAACCAUUAUGCGACAAGGGGUCUGCCACCUUCUGGUGGUGAUAGCCUGGAUUGGAGGCAUCCUGCCUACCACUGUGCAGAUUCUUUUCAUGACCGACUUGCCCUUCUGUCGUCCCAAUGUCAUUGACCACUUUAUGUGUGAUCUCUUCCCAUUGUUGAAACUUGCCUGCAGAGACACCUACAGACUUGGGAUGGUGGUGGCAGCCAACAGUGGAGCCAUGUGCUUGCUCAUCUUUUCCCUGCUCCUCAUCUCCUACAUAGUCAUUCUGAGCUCCCUGAAAUCCCAUAGCUCUGAAGGACAGCGCAAAGCCCUCUCCACCUGUGGCUCCCACUUUACUGUCGUUGUACUCUUUUUUGUGCCUUGCAUAUUCACCUACGUGUGUCCUGUAGUCAUCUACUCUGUGGACAAAUUGGUGACUGUGUUCUUUGCUGUCCUCACUCCCAUGUUAAAUCCUAUAAUUUACACUGUGAGAAACACAGAGAUUGGAAGCUGUUUACAAGUUAAGCCCAAAGUGCAGCCAAAUGGCAAGCGUAGUCCCAUGAAUGAUUUUGUAGACAGCUUAGCUGGCUACCUUUUUUGGGUAGAUAUCUUCCAAGGAACAGAAGGUCAGAGGUUGCUUGUUAAAAAUGAUGACCCAGAGUCACUCACUGAACACACCACUGCCACCUUUUUACCAUUCAAGAUUUUUCUGAAGAAAUUAUUUAGGCCCCAUAGAGAAUUCAGACACAAGAUACACAUACGAGCUGUAAAUCAUAAAAUGUGUCACAUCAUAGAUAUGAAGACUAAACAUGCAAACAGCUAUAAAAUAUUAGCAAAAUGUCUGACACUUACACUAUACAGCUCAUUUCCGUAUUGUAUUUCAUAUGCAACACCUUAUUGUGGUGAGUUUUCUGUAAAAGUGGGAUCAAGGGAGGAGGAAGUGAGAGGACAAGAAAGUGGAAGUCCAGAGUUGAUCCAAGCCAUGGAAUUUUAG